GGGGAAGCGCAGCCCUUUGUCUAGAGUUAUAAAGCUGAGAUUCUCAGAGAAUCUUGACACGUGCAGUUCUCUCCUGCCUUCUGCCAAUCCUGAGACUGGGGUCAAACCCAGAGAUGGGUAAGCACCUCCUGCUGCCACUGAUCAUCCUGUCCUCGCUGCUGGGCUUCCUGCAAGCUCUAACAUGUCUCAAGUGUGAUCGAGUCAACACCAGUGGAGUUUGCCAGAGUGGGGCGAGCUUCUGCCAGACUAAAGGGAGCCAGCAGUGCUAUGUGAGGAAGGUCUAUGAAGAUGACACCAUUUCGUAUGGAUCUCAGGGUUGCAGCAGCAUAUGUACUGAUAUAUUGCUUUUUAGUCCCAAUGUUGCUGUGGAUUUGAAAUGCUGUGAUGACUCACCUCUCUGCAACAAGUUCUAAAGACCACGCCCAGCUUUUGCCCUGAUCUGGUGGAUAAAGUUGAUUCAGCAUAACUUUCAACUACCGUAAUCUUCAAGACUGCUGCGACCUGAAUAUGGGUUCCCUCCAAUAAGUCUCAGAUUUGUUCUGUUUUCGGGCCCUAUUUCCUUUUCUUUCCCUCACUGCGGGAUGCCGCCAGGAUAGUCUUUAAAACCAAACGUGGGUGAAGAAUGGUGGGCAUAGUUAGGUCCAAGCAUACCUUCUUCCUUUUCAGUCCCUAAUUAAGAGUCACAUUGGUUGCCAUUUAAAAAGGCAGGGUCUGGUGAAGACUGUGAUGCUUUUAAUACUGGGUGCUCUAGAGGCAGUAGCUGAAGGAAGAGGGAGAUUCUUCAAAACCUAAAAGAGUAGGAAGUGUGAGGUGGCUCUAAAUGAUGUAUUAGUUAAGUAAGUUAGUUGCUAUAACACAAAUCUCUGAAACAUCAAUGGCUUAAAACAAUAAAAAAUGAUUGCUAACUUGUUUCACAGUUCA